AGGGCCCAAUUUUAAAAGAUGGAAACUUUGCUUUUAUUUUUGUGUGUAGAAUCUUUUCCCGGAUACAAUGUUGCACUCUGUUUAAGCAUUGCCAUUAAAAAUAAAGCAAGUAAUGAUGAAAUCUUCACCAUUCUGAAGGAUGUGCCCAAUCUUAAUCAGGAUGAUGAUGAUGAUGAAGGCUUCUCAUUCAAUCCUUUAAAAAUAGAGGUUUUUGUCCAGGCGCUAUUGCACUUAGCCUCAAAGUCAUUCAGUCACUCUUUCAGUGCUCUGGGAAAAUUUCGAGAAGUCCUCAAAACUCUGGCUGAAAGUGAUGAAGGGAAGCUCCAUGUUCUCAGAGUUAUGUAUGAAGUAUGGAAAAAUCAUCCUCAGAUGAUUGCUGUACUGGUGGAUAAGAUGAUUCGCACACAGAUUGUGGACUGUGCUGCAGUGGCAAACUGGAUUUUCUCUCCAGAGCUAGCUCAUGAUUUUACAAGAUUUUAUAUUUGGGAGAUCUUACACUCUACCAUUCGUAAGAUGAACAAGCACGUGAUGAUGAUCCAGAAGGAGCUAGAAGAAGCCAAGGAAAGAUUAGCCAAGCAACACAAAAGACGUGAUGAUGCCCGAAGCAAUGAGAGGGAGAAUUGGCCCCUCGAAGAGCAGAUCGAACGCUUGCAAGAAAAGGUUGAAUCAGCUCAAAGCGAACAAAAAAACCUCUUCCUUGUAAUUUUCCAGCGUUUCAUUAUGAUCCUAACAGAG